GACCUGGAUCGGGCCCUCGCCGGCCCGCCACAAGGACGAACAAGGCGGCAAACUCGCCACGCUGCACCGUCCGAGCCACACCCGAUGAGGGCCCCACCCUUUCUCUCAACUUCUUCCUCCAUUCUCUCCCUCGCUCCUAUGAUCGAACUACUAAUAUUAUUUCUCCGAUAAACGCUGCAAUUCUCCAGGAAGCAAGGUUUUAGGUGGAAUGGACGAUCGGACGAGAAGAGAGCAGGAAUUCGACGGUCCCAUGUUCAAGAAAUCACUCUCCGAAUACCUCAUCCCUCACCUUCUCAACCUAUAUGGUUCACGGGCAACGGCUCGAGACUUUGAAAUAUAUGCUCCGAAUGCGACUUUUGAGGAUCCGCUCAUGUGUGCUCAUGGGGUGAAGCAGAUCAAAUCGGCAUUCUAUUCGCUCUCCAAGGUAUUCAGUGAAUCUAGAAUUGUGGAAUACAGCAUACAAGAAAAUGUUAUUGCACCAGGAAAAGUCGAGAUUUUGAUUGACAACAAGCAACACUACAAAAUUUUUGGGAGAGAUGUGGAUUUGACAUCACUUAUCAGACUCAAUAUUGUUGAAGGAAAGGUUGUUCGCCAUGAAGACUGGUGGGACAAGAAGCCUCUGAAGAACAAGGACACAGUCAAGCUGCCAUUGGUAGGACGACUAGCUGAAAUUACGCGCAGGGGUUCAAUGCUUGUCACUCAUGCUAUGAUGGGUUUUGGCAAGGAUCCGAGCACAUAAAAUUCACUAUUAAAUGCUACCCAGAUUUUAUUAUAGGUUUCUGGCUAUCAUGUUCCCAAAUUUGAAAGAAAUGUGUUCAUAGACUACCUGUGUGUCCGCCUGGUUUGCUGCCAUUAUUCUAAUUGAAGUAAUGUUUUGUUGGUCCCAAUGUUUAAAAUAGGAUGCAACAGCAACCUUCCCGGUCUGGAAGUUCAGAGGGUGGCUGGAAGAGAACGUAAGAGCUUCUGUGGCUUGAAGAUAUGCUACAUGUGUA